AUGAGUCCACGAGGGACCAAGAUAUGGCUUGGAAUUGACAAUAACGUUGCUCCUCGAGAAGAUCUGGCAACAAUCGGCGAGGCAGCAGUAAAGGCCGGCAAGAUUAGUAGACGGACGCUCAACAAGGUCAAGCGUGAAGAAGCAGCAAACGCAAAUGCGAUCGAGGGAUAUCCAUUCUUUGCGGCAGCAAGUAAGUUUUGA